AUGGCGGCGGCCGAGCCCGCGAGCUGCGCGCCGCCCGGGGCCGGCAGCAGCCGGCACGAGAAGAGCCUGGGGCUGCUCACCGCCAAGUUCGUGUCGCUGCUGCAGGAGGCCAAGGACGGCGUGCUGGACCUCAAGGCGGCUGCAGAUACUUUGGCUGUGAGGCAAAAGAGAAGAAUUUAUGAUAUCACCAAUGUCUUGGAAGGAAUUGACUUAAUUGAAAAAAAGUCAAAAAACAGUAUACAAUGGAAAGGUGUAGGUGCUGGCUGUAAUACUAAAGAAGUCAUAGAUAGAUUAAGAUAUCUCAAAGCUGAAAUUGAAGAUCUAGAACUGAAGGAAAGAGAACUUGAUCAGCAGAAGUUGUGGCUACAGCAAAGCAUCAAAAAUGUGAUGGACGACUCCAUUAAUAAUAGAUUUUCCUAUGUAACUCAUGAAGACAUCUGUAAUUGUUUUAAUGGUGAUACACUUUUGGCCAUUCAAGCACCUUCUGGUACACAACUGGAGGUACCUAUUCCAGAAAUGGGUCAGAAUGGACAAAAGAAAUACCAGAUCAAUCUAAAGAGUCAUUCAGGACCUAUCCACGUGCUGCUUAUAAAUAAAGAGUCCAGCUCAUCUAAGCCCGUGGUUUUCCCAGUGCCCCCACCAGACGACCUCACGCAGCCUCCCUCUCAGCCCCCAACCCCAGUGCCUCCACACAAGUCCAGCACGGCCGUUCAGAGCCUGCCUGAGCCAACUGUCUCUGAACGAAGCCAGACUCUUCAGCACACGCCGGCCACAGACUUGUCUUCAGCAGGAUCUAUUAGUGGAGAUAUCAUUGAUGAGUUAAUGUCUUCUGAUGUGUUUCCGCUCUUACGGCUUUCUCCGACCCCAGCAGAUGACUACAACUUUAAUUUAGAUGACAAUGAAGGCGUUUGUGAUCUGUUUGAUGUCCAGAUACUAAAUUAUUAGAUUCCAUGGAAACUUGGGACUAUUAUCUACCUCUAACUGUGUAACAUUUUAGACUUAAUAACCUGAGUAUUUAAAAUAAUGAAUGUAACACCUUUUUAGUUCACGGAUUCUUCUGAAAUGUUCUUCCCUAAUACUUUCUUUUUGCUUCACAAAACUUCAACCAUAAAAACAAAGGAUUCUGUUUCAGGAGAAAAAAUGACUUCACAUCCACCAACCCUCCACCCUCAAGUAAUUACUUACUGAAAUUUCAACUUUUCUUCCCAUUCUGAACCCAUCUGUUUUUUUCCCCUUAUAUGAGAAGAAAGUUAAAGCAGACUUCAGGUCACGAAAAACAAAAAAGUUGGCCAAGGGCUCCUCAGUUGUUUUGUCUUCCACGUUUACUGCCGCAAGACGGUUGAUGCUUCUUUGUGUCCUCCGGGCCAGAUAUUCACUGCCACUUGUAAAGUGAAGGGGGUAAACUAGGGUAUACUAACUGUCUCAGUGAACAGAGUUUGUGAAGUGCCUUCUGUUUUAGCACUUUAUCACAUUUUGUUGACUUCUGACAUUCCACUUUCCUAGGUUAUAGGAAAGAUCUGUUUAUGUAGUUUGUUUUUAAA